CAGCAGGGAGGGAGGCUUUACAGACACUCACACUCUCUGCAUGGGUGGAGAGAGCUGGUGGGUUAGAGGACCAGGAUAUCAGCUCUACCUUUAUCCUUUUCCCACUGUCAUCUUUUUGUGGUGAUUUGUGCUUUGGCAUAAAAAAGAAAGUCACCUUGUGAGGUGGGGGCUUAUUUCGUUGGAUGACUGGCAUCUUUGCCAAUGAGACAAGCAUUCUGUGAGGAUUUCUGAAAGUGAUUUAAAAGCUAGUUUUCUUUGUGUGGGAGCAGUGAGAGGGCAGCCAUGGCUCAUGCCGCGGCUCACAUUAAGAAGGCCAGGUCCGAGAUGGAUCCACCUCCGGACCUGAAGGCUCUGGAGAAAGCUAAAGAAAGGAGGAGGCGUUCCCGGGAACGGGCUGAACGCAAGCGCAAGUCGGACAGUAAUACCAGUUUCCUGCGAGCAGCGAGAGCAGGGAACAUCGACAAGGUUUUGGAAUAUCUGAAAGGGGGAGUGGACAUCAGCACCUGCAAUCAGAAUGGUCUUAAUGCACUGCACCUGGCAGCCAAGGAGGGCCAUGUGGAUCUGGUCCAGGAGCUGUUGGAGAGAGGAGCCGCAGUGGAUUCAGCCACAAAGAAAGGAAACACUGCACUUCACAUAUCCUCGCUAGCUGGUCAGGCUGAAGUAGUGAAGAUCCUGGUUAAACGAGGAGCUGACAUCAAUUCCCAGUCUCAGAAUGGAUUCACUCCUCUGUACAUGGCCGCCCAGGAGAACCACAUGGAUGUGGUGCGAUAUCUGCUUGAGAAUGGAGGCAACCAGAGCACUGCUACUGAGGAUGGCUUCACCCCUCUGGCCAUCGCCCUCCAGCAGGGCCACAACCAGGUGGUUUCUGUCCUACUGGAGAAUGAUACUAAAGGCAAGGUCCGCCUGCCUGCCUUGCACAUUGCUGCCCGCAAGGAUGACACCAAGUCAGCCGCCCUGCUCCUGCAGAAUGACCACAAUGCUGAUGUCCAGUCGAAGAUGAUGGUCAAUAGGACUACUGAGAACGGCAAGAGUGGAUUCACCCCCCUGCAUAUCGCUGCCCACUAUGGCAACGUCAAUGUGGCCACGCUCCUGCUGAACCGAGGGGCAGCAGUCGACUUCACGGCAAGGAAUGGGAUUACUCCUCUUCAUGUGGCGUCCAAGCGUGGCAACACUAACAUGGUUGGCCUGUUACUGGACCGUGGCUCUCAGAUUGAUGCUAAAACAAGGGAUGGUCUGACUCCCCUACACUGUGCUGCCCGGAGUGGACAUGAUACAGCUGUGGAGGUCCUGCUGGAGAGAGGUGCUCCCUUGCUGGCCAGGACCAAGAAUGGGCUGUCUCCUCUUCACAUGGCGGCACAAGGCGACCAUGUCGAAUGUGUCAAACACCUUCUGCAGCACAAGGCUCCUGUUGACGAUGUCACGUUGGACUACCUGACAGCGUUACAUGUGGCAGCUCACUGCGGCCACUACAGAGUCACCAAACUGCUGCUGGACAAGAGGGCCAACCCCAACGCCAGGGCGCUGAAUGGCUUCACUCCGCUGCACAUAGCCUGUAAGAAGAACCGAGUGAAAGUGAUGGAGCUGCUGGUAAAAUAUGGAGCCUCUAUCCAGGCCAUUACAGAGUCUGGUUUGACUCCUAUCCACGUAGCAGCCUUCAUGGGUCACCUGAACAUCGUCCUGCUGCUGUUGCAGAACGGAGCCUCGCCUGACGUCAGCAAUAUUCGCGGGGAAACAGCGUUACACAUGGCAGCCAGGGCAGGCCAGGUGGAGGUGGUCCGAUGUCUGCUGAGGAACGGAGCGAUGGUGGACGCCAGGGCACGGGAGGACCAGACUCCCCUCCACAUUGCGUCCCGUCUGGGAAAAACCGAGAUUGUGCAGCUGCUGCUGCAGCACAUGGCCCAUCCUGAUGCUGCCACUACCAACGGCUACACCCCCCUCCACAUCUCAGCCAGGGAGGGUCAGGUGGAGACAGCCUCUGUCCUGCUCGAGGCUGGAGCUUCACACUCACUGGCCACCAAGAAAGGUUUUACUCCCUUGCAUGUGGCCUCCAAGUACGGAAGCCUAGAUGUAGCCAAACUUCUGCUGCAGCGUCAUGCACCAGCGGAUUAUGCUGGAAAGAAUGGCCUCACCCCGCUCCAUGUCGCAGCACAUUACGAUAACCAGAAGGUGGCGCUCCUGCUUUUGGACAAAGGAGCGUCCCCUCACACCAUGGCCAAGAACGGCUACACUCCGCUCCACAUCGCGGCUAAGAAGAACCAGAUGGACAUCGCCACCGUGCUGCUGCAGUACGGAGCCGAGACCAACAUCCUGACCAAGCAGGGAGUCACCCCGCUCCAUCUGGCCUCCCAGGAGGGCCACGCCGACAUGGCAGCCCUGCUUAUGAGCAAGGCAGCCCAGGUCAACAUCCAAACUAAGAGCGGCAUAACUGCCCUCCAUCUGGCAGCCCAGGAGGAUAAAGUGGCUGUUGCCGAGAUCCUAGCCAAAAACGGAGCCAACCUCGACCAGCAGACCAAAUUGGGAUACACCCCGCUAAUUGUAGCAUGUCACUAUGGUAACGCGAAGAUGGUCAACUUCCUGCUUCAGAAUGGAGCCGAUGUCAACGCCAAGACCAAGAAUGGAUACACUCCUCUUCACCAGGCAGCGCAGCAAGGAAACACACACAUCCUCAACGUGCUGCUGCAAAGCGGUGCCAAGCCCAACGCUAUCACCGUGAAUGGUAACACUGCCCUGGGGAUCGCUCGGAGGCUGGGCUACAUCUCUGUGGUGGAUACGCUGAGGGUCGUCACUGAGGAGAUCAUAACCACCACAACAACGGUGACAGAGAAACACAAGCUAAACGUGCCAGAGACCAUGACUGAAGUGCUGGAUGUCUCGGAUGAAGAGGGUGAUGACACGAUGACAGGCGAUGGGGGGGAGUAUCUGAGGGCGGAGGACCUCAGGGAGCUGGGAGAUGACUCCCUGCCAGGACAGUAUCUGGAUGGAAUGAACUACCUCCGCUUCAGCCUGGAGGGGGGGCGCAUCGACAGUCAAAGGCAAAGUUCCGACAGGUCCUUCACCCCCACUCACCACAGCUAUUACUCCCCUAAACAUGAAGGCCUGAUGGAUGAAAUGCUCGCCAGUCAACAGCUUUCGUCACUUGCCAGAGAGAAUGAGAGGGAUUCGUAUCGUCUGAGUUGGGGCACAGAGAACCUGGACAACGUGGCGUUAUCCUCCAGCCCCAUUCACUCUGGCCAUUCCUCUCCGUGCCCUGAUCAUGGAGACCACAGCAGCUUCCUGGUCAGCUUCAUGGUGGAUGCCAGGGGCGGAGCCAUGCGUGGUUGCCGGCACAACGGCCUACGCAUCAUCAUCCCGCCCAGGAAGUGCAGCGCGCCCACACGGGUGACGUGCCGGCUGGUGAAGAGGCACCGUCUGGCCACCAUGCCCCCGAUGGUUGAGGGCGAGGGCCUGGCCAGCAGGAUCAUCGAGGUGGGGCCCUCUGGAGCCCAGUUCCUCGGUAAACUCCACCUCCCUACUGCCCCUCCACCUCUUAAUGAGGGAGAGAGUUUGGUUAGCAGAAUCCUCCAGCUCGGCCCACCGGGAACAAAAUUUCUUGGUCCUGUGAUUGUGGAGAUCCCACACUUUGCUGCCCUGCGGGGAAAAGAGAGGGAGCUGGUGAUUCUGAGGAGUGAGGGUGGAGAGAGCUGGAAAGAGCAUCACUGUGAACACACCCAAGAAGAACUUAACCAGAUACUCAACGGCAUGGACGAGGAGCUGGACACACCAGAGGAGCUGGAGAGGAAGCGCAUUUGCCGUAUCAUCACUAGAGAUUUCCCACAAUACUUUGCGGUGGUGUCCCGCAUCAAGCAAGACAGUAAUCUGAUUGGUCCUGAAGGAGGCAUCCUGAGCAGCACUGUUGUGCCUCAAGUACAGGCAGUUUUUCCUGAGGGGGCCCUCACCAAGAGGAUAAGGGUUGGACUGCAGGCCCAGCCAGUGAGUGUGGAUGUAGUGAGGAACAUCCUGGGGAACAAAGCCACCUUCGGCCCCAUUGUCACCCUGGAGCCCCGCAGGAGGAAGUUCCAUAAACCCAUCACCAUGACCAUCCCAGUCCCGAAGAGCAACUCAGACCUGGUCCUCAAUGGCUUCGGAGUGGACACUCCCACCCUACGACUGCUCUGUAGUAUCACCGGCGCAACGACGCCUGCUCAAUGGGAGGACAUAACAGGAACCACUCCGUUAACAUUCAUCAAUGACUGUGUCUCCUUCACUACCAAUGUAUCUGCAAGAUUCUGGCUGAUAGACUGUCGACAAGUCCAGGAAUCUGUCAAUUUCUCCACUCAGGUGUACCGCGAAAUCAUCUGUGUCCCUUACAUGGCCAAGUUUGUCAUCUUUGCCAAGACCCACGAUCCCAUUGAGGCCCGACUACGGUGCUUCUGCAUGACAGACGACAAGAUUGACAAAACCCUGGAGCAGCAGGAGAACUUCUCCGAGGUGGCCCGCAGCCGAGAUGUUGAGGUCCUGGAAGGCAAACCUAUCUAUGCAGAUUGCUUUGGAAACCUUGUUCCACUCACCAAAAGUGGCCAGCACAAUCUCUUCAGCUUCUUUGCCUUUAAGGAGAACAGACUAGCAAUUUUCAUCAAAAUCAGAGACAACACUCAGGAACCCUGUGGUCGUCUCUCCUUUAUGAAAGAACCCAGAAACUACAGGUCACUCACCCAAAAAGCCAUAUGCAACCUCAACAUCACCCUCCCAUCAUACUGCAAGGAGUCCGAUUCAGACCAAGAGCAAGAGGAAGAGACCAGCAGAACGCCAGAGAAAUAUUGGGCAUUUGGAGAAAGAGUUAAACACUGCCAUCUACAUGAAGAGACACCGACAUCUGUCCUGAAAUCAGACCUGAUUCGAGAGCCAGACCUCCUAUCCGACGUGUCAGAGAUGAAACAAGAUUUGAUCAAAAUGACUGCCAUCUUGACUGCAGACUCCAUAGAGAAAUCCCCUUCCUUAGGAAGGUGUGGUCUAGAGAAAGGGACUGAGGAUGUGUCUGGAGAGCCAUUAGAAAUAAUGGAGAAGGACUUAGAGAAAGUCAAAGAGGACCUAGAGAAAGUCAGUGAGAUACUGAGGAGUGGCACAUUUGAGGGUGAAGCAGCAGAGGAGGCAGUAAAAGCAGCUAGAAUGGCCGAGGAGUGGGUUCUCCUCUCAGACAGUGAAAUAGAGGAGGCCAAAAAGAUGGCUGCCUUACAAACGCAAGAGCCUGUCUUACGUGAAAGUAGAGCUAACAGAGGAACCCCCAGACCUAAAGCAAUAAAGGACAGUGGUGACCUUAAGGAAUACCUCCUGGAUGCACCAGUAAGCUCUAAAAUAAAAGCUAAAAAAGAGCCAGCUGUGCAAGAAAAAUUCACUGAUGUUGUACUACGCAAAAGUGCGAAACCAACUACUCCAACCAAAGGGCAGGACAAGACAGCUGCUGGUGAUGUUAAAAAGCCAGUCAGAAGGAAGGGGAAAGACCAGGGGCGGGCAGAGGAAUCAACAGAGUCAGGUGCUCUGCUGAGUGUGCCUGUAGCCGCUGCCCCAGCAUCACCUGUAUCCCCAGUGGUUGAAGAAACUCCCAUUGGGUCAAUUAAGGACAAAGUCAAAGCCUUACAACAAAAGGUAGAGGCAGAGCAAAAGAGCAAAAAGGUAACUGGAAGCAAGCCUUCACAGAUGCCUGUUGUGAGCAAACCCUCUCCAAAGGCCAAAGAAAGCCCUAAAUCAAAACAGGGCCACCCUAAAUCCCCCAAAGCUGAAUCUGAAAAACUUGAAGAGACAAUGUCAGUUAAAGAGCUGAUGCAAGCAUUCCAAACAGGGCAGGACCCUUCAAAGAGAAAGUCUGGGCUGUUCGAGCUCAAAACAUCCACUACGUCAAGAUCAGAGAAACCCACAAAAUCAGAAACCAUCCAGUCAAAAUCCAUGGCCAAAGCAUUAACCUCACGUGUCUCUCAAGAACGAGAAGUAUCUUUGGAUUCCAAACCUCGCAAGAUAGAGACCACUGAGCAAGACAGAGAGAAACAAACCAAGUCAGUUGCUGUUGCUCAUUCAGAGCUAACUGAAACUGUAGACUUUGGAAAUGGUGGCCUUGAUGAUAGCUCUGAGAGCUCAAAACAUGAGGGUGUGGCAGACUCACUAAGUGCCAGUUCUGGAGAUGGAACUGCUCAUCUGAGCUCUGAGGACAGUUACAAACACGAGGGUCUUGCCACUCCAGACAUAAGCCCAGAGAGUAUGUGUCUUUCACCCAAAACUGGACAGCAGACCUCUACAACUUCGGCAGCAACUGCCACGACAGUCAAAAAAGAAAGUAAAGACACAAAGUCUGGAGACUCUGGUGUAGGGACCACUGGUGAACAACUGUCUACAGAUUUGACUCUUCCUGUUUCUUCCAACGAGGCUGCAGAUGAUCACUCUACAAGUGAGUCCAUGUCUGUUAGGAGGAGCGAGUCUAAGCCAACUAAACAUCAAAAGCUUACAAAGAGAAUUUCAGAGACUGUAGAAACUUUUCUUAGCGAUGAUGAGAGCCCUGAUCGUCAGCUAGCAUUGUCUUUAGUUGGUUUUCCAGCCUCUAGAUCCUCUCCUCAGCAUCAUGAAAGCUUAGAGCUGCCUUUAAAACAAGACUCCGAUGCUCUCAGUCCAUUAGCUGAUGACUCCUUCACAAUAAGCCACAGAGACUCUCUAGACGGUAGUCCUCUCAUGGAAGAAAACUCCUCUCAUAAGUCCCCAGAUUCCAUUGAACCUAGCCCAACCAAGGAAUCACCCCCUCAUGACUCCUUAGAGAGUAGCCCUGUAGAGGAAAAAAGACACCUAUGCUUCCCAUCAACUCUAUGUCCACCUAGUAAAUCAUCUAGCCAUCCAGAGCCCUCCAAAGCUACAGAAUUCCCCCACGAUGCUUUGCGUGGUAGGCUGCUUCGAGACCAUGAGGCUAGUGCUGAUGAUGACAGUUGUGAGCAGACAUCUCAGAUGACAAGUUCGGGUAAGAGUCCCCUCUCCCCUGAUACUCCUAGUUCUGAAGAGGUAAGUUAUGAGGUAAAUCCCAACCCCCUUGAUCAUACAUUCCUCUCUGUUCCAUCCAAACCGGCUGUCAUCCCUGAAGACCCAGAAGAAGAGGAUAAAUCAGACAGCUAUGAAACUAAGAGAAAAAUCACUCCAGAGGAGGAGAUGUUUAAGAUGGCAGCCAAAAUAAAAACAUUUGAUGAGAUGGAACAAGAUGAGAGGAGCAAAAAGAACUCGAGAAAAGAUUUGUUUCCCACAGCAGGUGCCAAAAUAGGUGAUGACAGCUAUGAAACAAUAGAGUCCACAAGUGAGAAACAUGCGCAGAGUGAAUGUGGGCUCGAUAGACCCGCUGAAGAUUCAAACUUAGCUCUAUUUGUUGAUCCCUAUAAUGUACAACCUCCCUCUCCUUUUUCAGCAGGUUUGCUUGACGGAUCACACAGCAAUGAGGUCAAGAACACAACAAGAACACCAGCCACUGUCACUCCAGAGGGACCUCACUCUGUCUCAGACCAGCAUCAUUCAAAAUCCAAACUGGAAACUGCAGAGGAACCAAUAGCCCUGCCAUCUGUUAAGGCUGAUGAAGACAGUACUGCCAAAAAAACUGCUAUAACAUCAAAUGCUGAAAACAGGACUGAUGAGCAAAAGGAAGAGAGCUUAAGGAAGUCAAGAGACAGCAAUGGAGAUGAUAAGGAUGGUCAAGAGUCAGGUGUUAGCAGGCUACAGACUGGUACGGUAAAACAAGGUAACAAUGUAACAGAUGAAGUAAAAGGAGAUCAGCAGGAGCAUACAGAGGCUGGACUCAUACCUGUUGCCACAGGUCAAACAAAGGAAAUAUUAAAACCAGAGGUCUGUGAAUAUGAUGACACAGAGGAGGAUGAUGAGGCUUUGGAACCUCCUAGAACUGAGUCAAAAGGUGUCACUGCAAGGGUAGACACUGACUCAUGGUCUGCCAUGCGGGAGGAUGAUGUUGCUUUUGCAGCUCGUGUCAAAGAGGAGGAACAGAAAAUACUCAAUCUGGUGGUGGACCGUCAGUCUCUGCAAGCAACUCCAGACACAACACCUGGUAGAACACCAACAGAAGAGAGCACUCCUACCAGUGAGCCCAACCCUUUUCUAUUCCAAGAAGGGAAACUCUUUGAGAUGACCCGAAGUGGUGCUAUUGACAUGACUAAGAGGAGCUAUGAGGAAGAGGGGGGUGGUUUUGCCUUUUUCCAGAUAGGUGAACAGCCUUUAGAUGAGCCUCUUUUAGAAGAGGUCAGGCAAGAAGGUAGGAGAUCAGCAGCAGAACCUGAAGUUGGCCUCAAUCUAACACUAGAGGUUAAGACUGAGGAGACUGAGGAUACUGAGAAAUCAAAAGAAGCAAGUGAUUCUCAGCUUCAGUCCCCACCUGAGGGUGAUCAGUCAGCCUCCAAAGCUGAUGCCUCCAAAUCUAAAAUCCCUAAAAUGGGCAUUUCCGCUUCAGCCAAAUCUACAAAGAAAGAUCAGACAUCCCCUGAAGGUCUAGAGAAUAAAACAGACAAAAACGAGAAUGAAGGAUCCUUAGAUGUAGGCAAAAAAUCCUCUGACCAAAUGAUAACAACUGUACAGACAGCAGAAACUACAGUCACUAGAUCAGUUUACUCUGAACAGGGCCAAGAGUCUUCUGAUUCAUCUCCAGAAGAACCACAGUCAGUGAUAGAAGUGCCCAAACCAACAGGCAAGUCCAAACAAAGUGCUUCCAGUAGUGUGAAAAAGACUCCACUCAAAACACAAGCUAAGUCCGCUCCACAAGGUCAGGGUAAAUCAACAAUUCCCUCUCCAUCUCAUGCAACCUCCUCCUCAACCACUCUUAAAAAAGAGGCCUCCUUCAUUUCUGAAUCUAAAUCUAGAAUUCCCAUAAAGGCUAGGCCUGAUUCUACUGUCAAACGUGCGGAAUCUACCCAAGACAAAAAACUUAAGGUCCCUGUAAAAAAGGAUUCAAGGAGGAAAUCUGAGACAGAUGCAGGUCCCUCUGUGGAAAUCAAAACCAAGACACCAUCUUCCAAAGCCAAGAGCUUCUGUGAGGGGGAGUCUACCAGGCCACCUGCUAAAAAAGAACAAGGUCGCCCAUUGAGUGCUGAGUCAGCAAAAUCUAAAGGCUUCCAUUCGAGAUUACCAGUCCGAGGCAAAAGUGGUCAGUCAUCUAAUUCAUUGACACCCACUAAAGAGAAAAAUGAGCCACACAAACAGUCCAUUGAGUUCUUUGAAGAGAUAAGCGAUGAAGCAGCAAAACUUGUGGCAAGGUUGGCACAGGCAGAGACAGAGAAAGAACAAGAGGUUGCCGCCGCCAACUCGGAUGAUGAGAGCAGUCUCAUUGAUCCAUCAAUCAUAGAAAGAGAAACUGAGAUGCAGUUCCCACCCUCAGGAGACGUCUUUCCCAUUAGACCACUGUGGGACGACCCUGUUGAGACACAGAUGCAGCGAAUCCCAGAUGAUAAAGUCCAAAGUCAAGUAGAUCCACAGGAUGAAGCAGAGAGAAAAGAGCAACGGUUGGCCAUUAUAGCCGACCACCUUGGCUUCAGCUGGACAGAAUUGGCACGAGAACUUGACUUUAGUGAGGAGAGGAUCAACCGGAUAAGGAUUGAAAACCCUAACUCACUGCAAGACCAAAGCCAUGCCCUUUUAAAACUCUGGGAAGAAAGAGAGGGAAAGCAUUCCUCAGAAACAACACUGAUCAAAAGACUGACUAAGAUCAACCGAAUGGACAUUGUUCACCUCAUUGAAACCAAGAUAUUCAAGUCCACUCAGGAGGACACAUCAUCACAUACCUAUGCAGAAAUAGAGCAGACCAUAGCACUGGAUCAUAGUGAAGGUUUCUCUGCCCUUCAUGACGACAUUGACAGCCCCAGUCCAGUCAGGCGUACAGAGGCCGCACGUAGGAGUCCAGGCUCUGGACAAGAGGUACCCAUCGUGUCAGCAGAGGACCUGUCCUCCAGUUUGUCAUCACUUCACGAGACAAUGGGACGGCCAGAGACAGAUUCCACAGCAAUAGGCCUUCUUAGAAAUGUCCAGAAAGAGAAACUACAAAAAGAGAUGGAGACAACAUACUCAUCACAAAGAGUAUAUGAGGAACUGACAGACACGGUACGCACAGGCAGUUUUAAACAAGCUCCUCCUCAGACUCCAGAGGAAACACAAUUUCAAACAGACGAUGAGGUGCAAAGCAAGUGGUUGUCUGCUACAACAGUGACACAAGAUGCCAGUCAAAUAGGUGUGGUGUUCACUGAUGACAAAUCAAUUCCGUUAAAGCUACCUGAACAGAACUUAUACACAACCCACAGAACUGUUACUCCAGUUCUACCUGCAUCUGAUAAGACAUCAUGUUUCAAGUCGGACAGAUCGUAUGGACACUCAGAGUGGGGGUUUUCCCCUAAGAAAGCACAGUACAGUGAGCCGUUUACACCCAUGUCAACUCAGUUUUUGGUACCACAAGAUUAUGAAGCAGUAGUUUCAGGACAUCAAACCCUAAGAGUUUGUGAAUGGAACCUAGCGUCCAUGAAUGACUUGAGUCCAGUGUUCAGUGACUCAAUUUCAACUCAGGUUUUGACUCAAGCCAACACCAAGGGAGAGUCUGAAAAUGCUGAAGACUUUGAGUUUUCCCCAGACUUUAACAGAGUUCUCUCAGACUUUGAGAAAACGGUCUCCGAGUUUGAAUCAGAGGAUCCAAAGGAACUCAGAAAGGGAUCGGAGUCCCCACAGCACUCUGACUCAGAUGUGGAAUUCUUCGACUGCAGACAAGCCUUCCCUGACCACUCUGAGCCAGAUGAAGGGAAACUGGAACAUGAGGUUACCUAUCAAAUCUCUGAACCCCCAUCCCCAAUGCCUGGGAGUGGCACUGAUGUCAGCUUCCUGAAAGGGAGCUCUCAGUACACUGCUCACCCUUUCCUUCGAGUGGAAGAUUACAAGCGCUUCUCUUCUGGCAGUGAAAGUCUCAGUGAAUUUGCUUAUGAUUCAGAGGGGUCACGGGAGUGUCGAACAGACGGCAACCUCCCUGUGUGGGAGGAGCUUCCUUCCAGAGAUCAGGCAGGGUAUUACGAUGAUGAUGACUUCCUGGGAAGGGAGAUAGCGGAGGAGCUAGGGGUGCUGUCUUCUGAUAGCUCAGAGGAGGAGGUGCUGACCACCAGGGUGGUCCGACGCAGAGUAAUCAUUCAGGCGGACGACCUACCAGAUAUCCCACCACAGACUGUCACAGAAGAGAAGUACACAGACGAGCAUGGCAACAUGGUAGUUAAGAAGAUCACACGGAAGGUGAUUCGUAAAUACGUGUCAGCAGAUGGCAUGGAGACACAGGAAGUGACCAUCGAGGGCUCUCACCAGGAGACCGUGCAGAUCGAGGAGGGGGACUCUGUCUCCAGAGUGGUGAAGAGAACGGUGCUGCACAGUGAGGGAGACCAAAGAGAGUUGAGCUUCUCGGAGCCGCGGGCCCUGGGCGCCGCCGCAGCGUCAGCGUUUGAGGUGGAGCCGGUGCAAGGUCGCAAGGUCAGCAAGGUUGUCAAGACAACGGUGGUGAGAGGCGAGAGGAUGGAGAAGCAGACGGGGGAGCCCUCAAUGGCUGCAGAUCUCCCCUCAGCCAGACAGGACUUUGAGAAGGCAUUGAGUUAUGCUGGAGGCUUUGGGAAAGGGCUCCUGCCUCAUGUAGUAGAGAAAGAGAUUGUGCAGGAUGACGGUUCUGUGAUUAAAAGAAGCCAGAUGCGUGAGUCGCGAACCCAGAAGAGGACUGUGGUGAGGGAUGGCGAGGGGAAGCACGUGCACCUGGAGCGUGUGGACUCGCAGGCCGACGCCCUGCAGCCCGACGCCCUGCAGCCCGACGCCCUGCAGCAGCAUCUUCACCGACUGCUCCAACACUACUGUGAGGACGACCAGGAGGACCAGGAGAGCUUUGACUGAGCAACAUCUUCCACUGAAGCCUUUGGUGACGAACGCUUCCUCAGAUCAACAUGUUCCAGACCCCCUUCUUGUUGUCCUCGCCGAUCACUAGAUUCAAGUUUUUCUUUCUUUUUUUUUUUUAUUGAAUAAUGAAACAGUAUUUUGUGCUUAACACCCUUCCUUCCUUCCCAUUUUGUUUCAUUUGCUCUUUUUGUGACCAAAGAUUGCAACCUUUAUUUUUUUUUGUCAGACUUUGCUUUUUGUUUUGACCUUCUGGCUGCUGUGGUGUGAUUACGAUACGACACACCAACGGUGGAUCCUAGUCAAAGAGGGCAUCUUGGACGUUUCGCCUCACCCACGGGCCUCUUCUCGAAGAACUCUUGUAAACAUUUGUACAUAGAGGUAAUGAAAAAUCAGCUUGGAUUAGAGAAAAAAAAAAAAAAAAUCAAAGCAUUUAAUACAUUAGCCCACCUAAACGUGCUGUCCAUGCACUGAUUCAGCUGGAGAAUGGCCACCGUACAGAUGAGAUUAAUGUUACAUAGAGAAUACAUUGGGAGGAGGGGCUGUGUGUAUCACCAUGGACUCUUUAUACAGCCAAACAUCACCCUGCUGAUCUGUUUACAAAGGCUGUGUGAGCACACCUUUUGUCUUCCCAUCAUCUGACCUUUUUUUGUGUCUGUCUUAUUAAUGUGUUUUGUGCAUUCACAUUGUAUCUGUCACAGAGCUGCCACUUCUGUAUGUGUGUGUGUGUGUGUGUGUGUAUAUAUACCAUGUGUCUACUGAGAAAGGAAGUAGUGAUGAAGAAUGUUUUGAUGCAGAUGGAGCACUUAUCCCGCUGUCCUCCUGUAGCUCCUCUACCUUCACACGCUGCUUCCAACACUGUAGCUGGGCUCAUUUUAUUGUCCUCCAUCGAGGCUUUUAAAGGAUAAGGCUGGCUAUAUUUUUCCUCUUGUCAACAAAUCUCAAGUGCAGAGCCACCAACAAUGAAUUGACCUACUAACAUAAUGUGUAUCCAAGCCUGCUAUGUCUUAUUUUUCUGUGCCAUACAUCAGUCUGGUUCCAACAUCAGACUGUCCUCACCCAGAAAAGCGUAUAACUAUAUUCACGUUUGUUGUUGUGGAAGUAAGGUGACAAAGUAUCAGAGUGCCAAAUUCUGUGUAAGGAGGCAGGUUGGAGUGGG